AUGUGGCGGUGUCUGUCCCGUGCCCUCACCAUCCCUUCCAACAAAUCCGCCUCCGUCAAGUCCAUUACUCGCCUCUUCUCUGCUCAAUCGAAUGGGGGAACUCAAUCCUAUACAGUUGUGGAUCACACCUACGAUGCGGUGGUGGUUGGUGCCGGAGGUGCAGGGCUGAGGGCCGCAAUAGGGUUAUCCGAGCAUGGGUUUAACACAGCCUGCAUUACGAAGCUAUUCCCUACUCGCUCCCAUACGGUUGCUGCACAGGGUGGAAUAAAUGCUGCAUUGGGAAAUAUGACAGAGGAUGAUUGGCGGUGGCAUAUGUACGAUACAGUGAAGGGAAGUGAUUGGCUAGGAGACCAGGAUGCCAUUCAGUACAUGUGCAGAGAAGCACCAAAAGCAGUUAUAGAACUUGAAAAUUAUGGGCUGCCGUUCUCCCGGACGGAAGAUGGGAAGAUUUAUCAGCGUGCAUUUGGUGGCCAGAGCUUGAACUUUGGAAAAGGUGGACAAGCAUAUCGUUGUGCAUGUGCUGCUGAUCGAACUGGACAUGCUUUGUUGCAUACUCUAUAUGGCCAAGCUAUGAAACAUAAUACACAGUUUUUUGUUGAAUACUUUGCUCUGGAUUUAAUUAUGAGCAAUGAUGGUAGCUGCCAGGGUGUGAUUGCUUUGAAUAUGGAGGAUGGCACCUUGCAUCGUUUCCGUGCUGCCUCGACAAUUCUUGCUACUGGGGGUUAUGGCAGAGCAUACUUUUCUGCAACUUCUGCUCACACUUGCACUGGAGAUGGCAAUGCUAUGGUUGCGCGUGCGGGACUGCCCCUUGAGGAUCUUGAGUUUGUUCAAUUCCAUCCAACAGGCAUAUAUGGUGCUGGGUGUCUUAUUACUGAAGGGUCCCGAGGUGAAGGUGGUAUUCUGAGGAACAGUGAAGGUGAAAGAUUCAUGGAGCGGUAUGCCCCAACUGCUAAGGACCUUGCAUCUAGAGAUGUUGUAUCAAGAUCUAUGACGAUGGAGAUCCGGGAAGGGCGUGGUGUUGGGCCCUUGAAAGAUCACAUCUACCUUCACUUGAAUCAUUUACCUCCUGAAGUCCUAAAGGAGAGACUUCCUGGUAUUUCAGAAACUGCAGCCAUAUUUGCUGGUGUUGAUGUUACAAAGGAGCCAAUUCCUGUGUUGCCGACUGUCCACUAUAACAUGGGUGGGAUCCCCACAAAUCACUAUGGAGAGGUGGUUACCAUUAAAGGUCAUGAUCCUGAUGCUGUGGUUCCCGGACUGUUUGCUGCUGGGGAAGCUGCCUGUGCUUCUGUUCACGGUGCCAAUCGGCUUGGAGCAAAUUCUCUUCUGGACAUUGUUGUCUUUGGUCGGGCUUGUGCUAAUAGGGUUGCUGAGAUCCAAAGGCCAGGCGAGAAACAAAAGCCACUAGAAAAGGAUGCUGGAGAGAAGACCAUUGCAUGGUUGGACAAGAUUCGUAAUUCAAAUGGGUCACUUCCCACAUCAAAAAUCCGGCUUAACAUGCAACGCAUAAUGCAAAACAACGCUGCUGUAUUUCGGACCCAAGAAACGCUGGAAGAAGGCUGUCAGUUGAUUGAUAAGGCUUGGGAGAGUUUUCAUGACGUCAUGUUGAAGGACAGAACCUUGACAUGGAACUCGGACUUGAUAGAGACAAUUGAGUUGGAAAACCUUUUAAUUAAUGCAUGCAUCACCAUGCACUCUGCUGAAGCCAGGAAAGAAAGUAGAGGAGCCCAUGCACGUGAAGAUUUUACGAAAAGAGAUGAUGAGAACUGGAUGAAACAUACAUUAGGAUAUUGGGAAAACGAGAAAGUUAAACUGGACUACCGACCAGUUCACAUGAAUACACUUGAUGAUGAAGUUGAAUCCUUUCCUCCAAAAGCUCGAGUAUACUAG